UUUCUUAACCCUGAUGUUCAGCAUAUCUGUAGACAAACUGCAGCAGCAGAUGUCUACAAGAGAUAUGAGAUAAAAAAAGCUAAGUUGAUAGAGGUUUUGGUGAAACACAAGGGUCGAGUGUGUUUUACAGCAGAUUUGUGGACAGCCCGAAGUGUUGUGAUGGGAUAUAUAUGCAUUACUGCGCAUUUCAUUGAUGAGAAUUGGAGGUUGAAUAAUAAAAUUCUAGCAUUUUGUAAUCUGAAACCUCCUCAUAGUGGUGAAGAGAUAGCUAAGGCAGUUUAUGAUUGCUUAAAGGGGUGGGGACUGGAGAAGAAAGUAUUUACUAUCACACUGGAUAAUGCUAAAGCUAAUGAUAGUAUGCUAAAUAUUCUAAAGCAUCGGCUUCUGAGUAGCAAUGGGAGUAGCAAUGGGCUGUUGUGUAAUGGAAAGUUCUUGCACGUUAGAUGCUCGGCACAUAUCUUAAAUCUGAUUGUGAAAGCAGGAUUAGAAUUAGCCACUAGUCUAAUAGAGAACAUAAGAGAGAGUGUAAAGUUUGUAAAAGCAUCUGAGUCAAGGAAGGACUCUUUUGCUAUCUGCGUUGAGAGUGCUGGGAUCACAAGUGGUGCGGGUUUGUCUUUAGAUGUCUCUACCAGGUGGAAUUCGACAUAUGAAAUGUUGGCGAGAGCUUUAAAAUUCAGAGAGGCAUUUGCGAUUCUGAAUUUGUAUGAAAGAGGUUACAAAUGGUUGCCUUCAGAAGAAGAGUGGGAACGUGGAGUUAAAAUAUGUGACUUGCUGAAGCCUUUUAAUACCAUCAGCACUUACUUUUCAGGAGUAAAAUAUCCAACCGCAAAUGUCUACUUCAUUCAGGUGUGGAAAAUUGAGAUGAUGUUGAAGAAGUAUGCUGAUUGUGAAGAUGAUGGUGAUGUGAGAACAAUGGCUAGGGCAAUGCAAAAGAAGUUUGCGAAGUAUUAGAAUCAAUAUAGCGUGAUUCUAGCUAUGGGGGCUGCUCUAGAUCCGAGGUUGAAACUGGAUAUACUUCGAUCAGCUUAUCAAAAGAUUGACCCAAGGACUUCUGAGGAAAAGGUUCAAGUUGUUAGGGACAAUCUGAUUUUGCUUUAUGAAGAAUAUCAAAAAUCAGCAAAUCCUUCAAAGUUUUCUGCAACAUUAACUCCACAUGAGCUUCUCACAGAGUCACCACUUGAAGAUGAUAUGGAUGAUGAUCUCUUUGAGCUUGAAAAUAGCCUCAAAUCUAGUUCAAGAAAUGCUAAGUCAAAUCUGGAAACCUAUUUGGAUGUUGAACCAAGACUAGAGAUGAAGACUUUUGAAGACAUGGAAGUUUUAAAUUUUUGGAAAGAAAAUCAGCAUCGAUAUGGCGAUCUUGCUUCAAUGGCAUCUGAUUUACUGAGCAUACCCAUCACCACUGUUGCAGCUGAGUCAGCUUUCAGUGUUGGAGGAAGAGUCUUGAGUCCUUUCAGAAAUCGAAUUCUUCCCAAAAAUGUGCAAGCACUAAUUGCCACUCGAAAUUGGUUAAGAGGAUUUGAAGAGUUUGAAGGAGAUAUUGAAGAUUACUUCAAUGAUGAAGAUGAUGAAUCUGCAAAAAGUAGCUCAGAAGUUAGAAACUCUAGCACAUGAAGAUCAAUAAAGUCAAGAAUGUAGAGACUAGAGAGUAAAGCUGGUUGCUGCAGUCUUCAACGAGCAAAGAAUACGUGAAAGACCUUGUUUAUUUGAGUAUCACUAAAAUAAAUAAUGACUUGAAACUUGUUUAGUGUUUUGGUUUGUUUCAAACUUUAAAACAUGUUUUGUGACAAAUGACAAUCAAUAAUAUGAAAUUUCUUACUAUU